AUGGCUGCCGCCGGCCCGACAGGAAGACGUUGGUGGCCGCCGGCGGCAGCCUCAGCCGAGCCAUCCCCGCUUCCGCCCCAGCCAGCAGCGCCCGCCCGCGGGAAGCCCAGGGCGGGUCUGGUCUACCCGCCACCCCCGAAAAGAUGCCGCCUGUCGCGGCCCGUGCUGCGCUGGCUGCAGAGCCUGGACCUCACCUUCUUCCCCAGGAACAUCAGCAGGGAUUUUUCAAAUGGCUUCCUGGUUGCAGAAAUAUUCAGUGUAUAUUUCCCCUGGGACUUUAAAUUGUCUUCCUUUGAAAAUGGAACCUCUUUAAAAGUCAAAUUGGAUAACUGGGCACAGUUGGAGAAGUUCUUGGCAAGAAAAAACUUAAAAUUACCUAAAGAACUUAUCCAUGGAACCAUUCACUGUAAACCUGGAGUACCUGAAAUCCUGAUACAAGAGGUCUACACUUUGUUAACACAUCGAGAAAUUAAAAGUAUCCAGGAUGACCUUGUGAAUUUUACAGACUACAGUUACCAGAUGCGUUUGCCCCUGGUGCCCAAGUCGACAGCCUCAAAGUUUAUUAAAGAUAAUAUCCGGCUAUCAGAAUUACUAAGUAAUCCCAACAUUCUCAGCAAUGAACUCAAAGUAGAGUUUCUCUUCCUUUUACAAAUGUUGCAAAGAAAAUUAAGCAGAAAAUUGAAUCCAAAUAAAUACUACUUAGGAAGAAAAUUAAUGGUAGGUGACUAUUUCUUUGAACUAUGUUUAGAAUCCAGUUCCACCCCAGAUAAGGCAAGAGAUGACUAA